AUGAUUUGCCCAGUAAUUCCAGUGUCAGCAUCACAGUCAUUGAAGUUUGUUUAUGAGAAUUGUCUCAGAGGCCGUAAACAGAAGAAAAAGAAGAAGGAGAAGAAGUAAAUGAUGAUUUUAUCAAUCACAUUUAUUCUGAGAUUAACUAAUUUAGGGUAUGAAAAACUGAAGAUUUAUUCAUCAUCAAGAUGGAUUAGUUUAUGUUAGUUCCAUCGGUAAUAUGAUUAAUGAAUACCUAUGUUGCUAACUUUGAUUAGUAAAUUUGUAACAGAAAUAUUAUAAGAAAGAAGUAUUAUAGGUAAUAAAAUUAAAUAGAUAUUUUAAAAAUUAAAUUCAUAUGUAGGUACUGACUUUAAUAUGAUUAGGUACAUACUAUUUAUCUAUGGACAAGGCGGUACAAAUCACUACUUAUUAGGAAGAAAAGGGAACAUAAAGCUGAAGAUCGACACGAAAAGAAGAAGAAAUAAUCCACAAUGAAACAAGAAGCCUUUCAAAUUAAGUAAAAUCACUCAAAAUGUAAUCACAUAAUAAUAUAAUAUGAUAUUGAACUUAAUCACUUGUUAAACUUUUUAACUGGCUAAAUAUCUCAGAUUAAAUAUACUGUAGUUAAAAUCCAGUUAAAAUGUUAACCGAGUAAUAAUAAAAUCAAAUUUCUAGUUUAACUGUGGAUUAACAUUAACUGACGCUUAAAUUCUCUUAACUAGAGAUUGAUAAAAUGGUCUUUAACUCUAUAUCGUGGUGAUAUAUUAUUAGUAUGUUCCAUUGAACUUUUGAAUUUAUUUCAUUCUUUAGUAUUUUCUAAGUGAUUUGUGAGAUGGGGGUGAGAAAUAGCGCACACGAUUCGAUGAAAAAUUAGAAAUAUUAGCCCUUCGGGUAUUUUACUCUAGAUGUGCCUACGUGGUAUAUAGGUACCGGUAGUUAGGUUAUAAAAAAUUAAAAAUUAAUUAAAAUCUUUUGGCGUCGUAAUCGUUUAUUUUUGAUUAAUUAUGUAAAAUAUAACGCGCUGUAAAACUCGAUUUCUUGCUGUAAAAGUGAUAUUGUACACAAUAAGUAAUCAAAUUUACAUUCCAUUUAAAUACCAGUAUUUGUAUAACACGCUUGUGAAAUGUAAUAUUUAGUAAACGCUGAGAAAAUAUUACAUUUUAUGUUAAUUAAUACGACGUAAAAAACAACAGAAAACUGGAUUUCAGUAUUUCACUCCAAUGUUGGCGCGGAAUUUUUAUUAACAAUGAUUUAUACAGUGUGAUCAAUCCUCGAUAAGAUUCACUCAUUAUUUCGGAAAGUAUCAACUUUUUUCAAAAAAUUAAAGAAACAAGCCACUCUAAAAUGUUACAUUAUACCGUUAUGUUUCGCUACCAUUAUUUUUGACGAUGGAACCACAGUUAACUUUUAAUUUUAAAAUAAUAACCUAUAUUACCUACAAAUUCAAUAAAUACGAGUACUUACCUAGAUGAAGUUCUAAAUUUUAGUUUAAAAAAAUUUUGUUGUUGACGUUUUUAAUUUCCGUCAAUCCGUUGACGUGAUAUUUUACUUUUAAAUUUGAUUAAGUGGCUUCCACAUAAAUGAUUUCCAUGUCGUCUAGUGGUAUUCAAUUUCAAAUAUCGGGUAUCGAUUUUACAUCGGUAGCAUAAUAUAAUGAAUCGAAAUAUCGGUAAAAAAGCGGUAUCGGCCCGUCUCCAAAUUGAUUAUACACAGCCCGGAUAUUACAGAGCUAGCCUUAUUAUGUUGGUACAAUAAACUGCUACCAGAAUUUACUGCACUGUACAGUUUUCGGGCCAAAUUCUUCGCGCUGGUCGAAUAUCAUAUUAUAUAUGAUACUAUAUUAUAAUAUUAUUUACAUUAUACGUUAUUAUAGACGCGUUGUUAGUAAUGAAUAUAUUAUAAAAUAUUUAUGAUGGGUAUAGUGGGUACCUAUCGAAAUAUUAAAACUCAUUACGUGGAUUUACGCAAGUGUACAAUAUUAUAUAGUUUUUUUGACCAUUAUAAUGUAUAUCUUAUACAGGGCUGUUUUAAAUUUGAAUUUUUUUUUUCUUGAAUUAAGACUGGAAAUUGCUUCCUUGUGGUCUUAAACUUGCCUCCCAAAAAAAACGUUCAGAUCUCGCUCAUCGCGUAAUUAGUUUUUCCAUUUAAAUAACACAUGUAGGCAAGUAAGGAUAUUCUUCAUUAUUAGAUCACAUUUAUUCAUUAAGUUCAAAAGUUUCGAGGUUGUACAUAGUUUUUUCUUAAAUACCACAAAAAAAUUCACUUGGAAGGAAGUUAAAUUUUACUUUUGUAAGAAUAGCUUAUUUGUAGAAAUCUAUACAAAUUGAGUUUUUGUAACUUUUUUAUUUAUAUUAUAAAGUUAUAUAAUGCAGCCACUUUUUGACCAAAAAUGUUCAAACAAGGUUCAUUUUGUAAGUUAUGAAAAUAUCUUGCUAUGGGUUCUUUUUUAUAGAUCAGCUUCAUAGACUACGAGUUGAAAAUUAAAAAAAAAUCGAGAAUUUGUGUACAUUUUUACAAAUAAUAGUAAAAUUUAACUUGGUUCUGAGUGAAUCUUGUGUAUUUUUUGUGAUCUUUGAGAAAAAAUUAUGUACAACCUCGUAAAUUUUGAACUUAAUGAGUAAAUGUGAUUUAAUUGAAAGUAUCGUUAUACUUUCCUAUGUUAUUUAAGUAGAAAAAUUAAAUAUGUGCAAGUUUGAAUAUUUUUUUUUUUUUGUAAGUUUAAAACUACAAUGAAGCUCAUUCCAAUCUUAAUUCGAAAAAAAAAAAUUAAAAAUCAAAACAUAUACAGAGUGUUCCACGAGGAUUCGACAAAUGCAAUAAAUUUUGUUUUAUUUAAUAUUUUUGAUAUAUAUAUUUUUUUUUAAUAAUUAGUAUGUAUCAACGUUACAGUUUAUAUAUGAAAAUUGUUUUUAGGGAAGGGAAACUUAAAAUAAAAAAAUUCAAAAUAGUCAUCUUGUAAAAUAUAUUUUGAGACAAUUGUUGGUGGUUGAAUCCUUUGUUAGAAUAUGGUUUUUUAUUUUAUACGAUUUUUUGAAGUUUUUACAAAUGUGAAUAUUACAAUAUUUAAUCAGUUAUUAGUUAGGGCACACAACGAGGAUUUUAUUUUCCAUGAGUUAAUAUCAUGCAAUAAUUGUAUCAUAUUAUAAGGAUUUGGUAGUAUCAAUAAAUCAAUAAUCGUAAUUUAUGUUGAUAAACAAUAUUGUUAUGAUUGAAAAGAAAAUUAUUCAAAUUUUCAAAAAAUCAUAGAAAAUAAAAGACUACAAUUUAACAAAAGUUUGAAUCACCAAAAAUUGUUUAAAAAUCUAUUUUACAAAAUGGCUAUUUUGAAUUUUUUAAAAAAAUUAUAAAUUUUUUAUUCUAAGUCCUCACCCUUAAAAAGAAAAACAUAUUCAUAUAUAAACUGCAGCGCUUAGACAAACUAAUUAUUUAAAAUAUAUUGAAUAGAAGAAAAGUUAUUGCAUUUGUCGAAUACAUAAAAAUCACGCGUUUAUGACGAGUUAACGUGCGAUGCACUUUGAAACUACUCAAUCGAUUUUGAUAUAAAAUAAUAAUUAAUGUGUGUGAUUUAGUCCAACUUAAAAUAUAGGAUAGUCUUCAUUUCGAUUAAUGAUAUCAAUAUUUUUUUAUUGCAAAUUAAAUGUUUAUUAUAUAGUUCAAAGGGCAAUUAUUUGUAAGUUUCAUAAGUUUCUCUCAGAUGGCGCUGUAAGUUACGUUGGACAUCACGACACACAAAGUGCGUCUUUGAUACGCUGUUAUUGAAAUUUCAAAGUAAACUAACGAUUUUUCUGUUGGAACAAAAUUAAUUUCGUAAAGUGACGGCAACACCAACAAUUUGUAAGUAUAAACAUAUUAAUAAUUAUAUAACAAUAUGUUAAAGUAUUUACGACUCAAGGUAAAUAUUAGCAAUAUGUAUAUAAUUUUAACAAUAUUAUAAUUAAACUGAAAUAAGUGUUAAGGAGUUAUGAUUCCUUAAUAUUAUAUUAAUAAUGUUAAAAUAUAAUAAUAUUAAAAUACUAUAUAAACGUAUAUUACGUAUUAUAGCAACGUACAAUAAUGUACGUAUCGUCAAUAUAUUGUUAUAAUUGUAAUAUAAUACAACAUAAACUUUUUUCCUGGGAUUAAAUUAUAUAGUGUUUUUUUUAUAGGUAUUUUUGAUACGAACGUCUAAUUUUGUAUGUAAAUUUAUUUAUUUAUUUUUGUUUAUUCGUGGGUGAUACCUAGAUGAUGCAGAUGAUGUCACGGACAAGGAAAUAAUAAUAAUAAUUAUUAUUAUUAUUAUUUACACUAAUAUCUGGCAAUAGCAAAGCAUUGCCGGGUCAGCUAUAUAAUAUAUAGGUAGGCGCGUACGUAUAUUAUUAGAACGGUUCAAACGGAGAGAUAGUACAUUAAUAAUAAGUUGGGAGGAAAAAAAAUGUACGGACACGACACCCUCGCGCCCUCGGCCCUCGGGCCACGAAACUCUUUUUAGUACGCGUUUAGGGUUAACCGACCGAUAUGGAAAAACGUAUCAAUAAUAUUAAUAACAAUAACAAUAAACGAAAAACGAAAAAUAUCGAUCGUUUUCCGCAGGUUAGAGAAAAUAAACGUAUAUAAUAUUAUAUUGAUUGCAAAACCAAUAUUGUACUUGCCCGCACAGGAAAUUAUUAUUCGCGUCAAAAUCGAAUAACCCGUAUACUACAACAACAUAAUAUAACAUCAGUAUACAAUAAUAAUAUAUUAAACGAGUAGGUAUAUUGUAGUCGGACUAUGUUUCACGUUGUUUCUAUACUAUAUAAAAAAAUAAAACAAAACUAACGAAGUACCCAUGUAUUACAAUAAUGAUGAUAAUAUCAAAUAUUUGUUUUAUAAUAUUGCGUUAUUAUUGUAUACUCAUAUUAUGUAUGCAAGUCGAAUAGAUUUUGAACGGUUCUUUUCUUUUUCUUAAUAAAGCGUUUAUAGUUUUUUUUUUUUUUUUUUUACACGGAAAAAAAAAGAAUAAUACGAGUAUGAUGUAGGUGUAUACGAUAAAAAAAAAAUCCAAAACUUCCAUUGUAAGUUAAAUUUUAGUCGUCUGUACAUUUUUUUUUUUUUGAGGUCGAACAAAUGAGUUUUGACUCCGUGCACGUAUUUCGGGACGCUUGGCGGCUCCAGAGGGACCCUAGGGGCCACCGACCCCCAGCCUGUAUUUUUUGUUAAAAACAACUUUACAAAAAAAAACAAAAACAAACAUAUUAUAUUAUCGACAUGUAUAGACACGUGCAAGUGUGUAGUUAGAAGUAUCUACUAUUUAUGUAUUAUGAAGACGUAUAAAUAAACUAUAAAAUAUAAAAUAUACCUUUUGCUAUAGUGCAGUAUUCUAAAAAAAUAUGACUGAACCCCUCCCCUAACCAAAUCUCUGGAGCCACCCGCUGACGGGACACACGAGUUUUUAAUAAAAAUUCGAAAUGGAAUACGUGACUUUUCGUAUUACGGAUCAUGUGGUUUUUUGACACGGGUGAAAUAGGGUUAAGCAUAAAAAUUGGCACGAUCCAUGGGGAACUUGUUAGUUUCGACACAAAUCGAUUUAAAACGAACUGAUUACCUUUAUUGAAUCAGAUUCGCCAUUCGAAAAUCCUGAAAACCGCUAACUCAUCUCCCCAUUUCGUUUUAUUUUUGGAACAUGUUCGAGUUUCGAUUCUGGCCUACUCGUAUAUAAUUAUAUUAAGUAUUACCCGGUGACCGGUUUUGUAUUUAGAUUAGUUUUCAUUGGGCAGCCAUUCCGGUUAUAGAGUAUUAGUCAACGCGGUCGUCGUCGGCCAUAUUAGCGGGCGGUUUUCAUUUGGGCGAAAUUUAUGCGGCCCUUUAAUAUGUCUAAUGCAUCAAUUGGGCGAGCUUACAUUAGUUAUGUAGUAAUAUAGUGUUUGAAGUCUGAGAUAUUGGAUUUUCAAUAAUUAUUUCAGUAUUUAGUCUCACUAUCUCAUAAAUAUAAGCUUCUCGCCAAUUUAGGCAAUUAAUUAUAAGUACAUCAUGUUUUUUCGAAUUAAAAAUUUGUAUAAUACAUAUAAUAAUACAAUAUAUACAAUUUUGCAAGACAUAAAAAAAUAAAAAUAAAUUUAAUUCAAUUCUCUGAAAAAUUCUCUUGUUUUUUCUUACGUAAAGUUAUCUAUCUUAAUCCAGUAUAUCCUUGAGUACCCACAUUAAUGUGCAACUUUUUUUUUUUACAAAAUAUCGAAAUAUAUAAAUAUACUAAAUUAAACAAAUUAUUUUAACGUUUUUUGUUUAAAAAUUAAUAUUAAUCCAAAUUAAAAAAAAAAAACAAAUGUUACAAUAUCGUAUAACAUACAAAGAUACAUUCGCCCAAACUAUCGGUUAAUUUUUCGAACUAACGAUGUGUGAUUUUCACAGGUAAAUUUUGGGUCAUUCGCCCAAAUGAAUGACGCCCAUAUUAACCGCUUAAUCUUAACAAUAUUAUUAUUAUGGUUCGGGGCAUUAUCUGGCCGGAAUAACAACGUAUAACGCCAACUACGUCUAUACUUACAUAAUAUGUAUACAUUAAUAAUAUUAUAUAGGUACCUAUAAUACAGGUAUAUAAUUUAAAUUGUAUGCGUAAGACGAAAAUUUAUAAUUAAUUUCAAGUGGCAGCGGUGAUGUGGCGGUGAUGACGGUCGACUACAAUAUACCGGAUAGGUCCAUUAGCCAGCGGACAUCGGAAUUAAAUUAGCAAAUCUUUAUGCUGCGCGGCACCCUAAAAUUAUACGCACGCCGUAAUAAUAUUAUUCAAAUAUAUACAUCUAUAAAUUUAUAUAAACAUACCUGGUAAUUGGUAUCCGGUACACAAUAAUCUACUUACCGUCACUCCCGGACCGCGCCGUAAGGAAAUAUAAUAAGCUAUGUUUGUUUUAAAAAAAAAAAAAAAUGUACACCAUUUUUAUUGGUAAGGAAUACACUACACUCAUAUCGGUCACGUUAUAAAAUUUGUAUAAUUCCGAGUAAAUUGAUGAAUAUUUUUUCAUUUUUUGAAUUGUUUAGGGGUUUUCAUAAUAAAUGGGAAAAACCGGGAAUAAACGAGAAAAUUUACGAUAAUAAUGCUUUUAUAAUUUUAAAUUUUGAUUUUUUUGUUUUGUAAUAACAGGAGGUUCAUUAUAAGUUGUACUUAGUGGUCAACAAGAAAAAUUUGAAAGUAAUAUAAAUAUUUUUUUUGUAAGAAUUUUAAUAUCAAAUUUUUAAAAAGAUUAAAAAUCGGUUGUCAUUGGCAACAGUUUUAUUUUUUGUUAUUAAUAAGUUUUUAUUAUUUUAUAUAUCUUUUCUAAACAAUCAUUGUUGUUAUGGAAAUGCACAUUGUUGUAAUCAUUUCACCGUAUACAUAUUGUUGACAAAGCAACACUAUCCACUAUCUCCGCUCACUGCUCAGAAUCGUCUUUUCGUUAGCAAUGGUCUACCGUUGCUUACUGAUGUACAUGAAAUUCCCGUCUGUAUCCUACCUAUUCAACUUCAUACCUACAGCAGUGGCUGUACCCACAUGCAGAGUAUGUCAAGUUUUUUUAAAUUUAAUUAUUAUACAAAAAAUUAUCACCAAAUCAUAAUAAUCAGCAUUUAAACAAAUAAUAAACGUACUUAGUCAUAUUAACAAUAAUAAUAGGUUACAAUAAUUAAAAUAAUAAUAAUUAUCUUAAUAGUAAUGAAUACGAGUAGUAAUGAGCAUUUUAAUAAUAUUUAUGAACAAUAAUAAUACCACCAAUCAUAAUAACCCUGCAUUUAACACGAGUAUAUAGGUACUCACGUAUUUUAUAUAACUUGGUAUGUGUAUUAUUUUGGAUUAUACAUAUUUGAUUUGACACUAAAUUUGUAUUUAUAUGUUUAUACUUGUAUAAUAUAAUAUAUGCAUGUAUAUAAUUGUAUAUAUUUCUUUAACAAAGGUAUAUCAUUUUUUCAUUUAAAUGUCCAAACGCGCUAUGUUUUUAGGGAUAUUGAAUGCCCAAACGUUUUAUGGAUUUUGAAUAUGGAACAGGUAAAAGUGCCCGAACGUGCUGCACCGGUUUUAACCUUGGAUAUUUCCCUACGAUGUGGAAGAUGGCGAAGUUAGUACUGCUCCGAAAACGAGGCAAAUCCAUAGAGCAGUCAUCAUCGUAUCGACCCAUUUGUCUCUUCAACACAGUAGGAAAGCUAUUCGAGCGCAUCAUUAAGAGACGACUAGAGGCACAUCUAGAAAGUGUUGGUGGCCUGAGUGAACGGCAGUAUGGGUUCAGGAAGGUUCGACACUAUUACAAAGGUCUCGGAAAUUGUAAUGCAAGCAGCAGAUGGACCGGUAAGUCGAAGGAGGCUCUGCGUGGCCGAGGCUCUAGACGUAGUCAAUUUAAUUCGGCAAGGUGGAGAAAAAUCGAUAAUAAUGGUGACAAUUUAUCAUUUCCGGUAUUUUACGGCCUCGUUUUUUCUCCGUUUUUUUCGGUUUUUUUACAUUUGUUGAGAAAAGUCUCACGAGAAAAUUAAAAAAUUACCUCUUUAAAGUACUUCCCCAGUCAGAUUUCCUUUUAGAAAAAGUGCUAUUAUUGUAAGUUGGAUCAAAAUUGCUAGUAGAAAAGUUGUUCACAAAAAAAAGGGCUGUAAUAUUUUUAUCUACUAGUAUUUAUAUUUCGUAAAUUUUUCCGUUUUCCUGUUUUUUUUAAAAUUUUCCUAGGAAAAUUGAAAAAUGUCCUCCUUUUAGAAAAAUCGGACUGGGGAUAAUUAAUAUUAAAUACUAUUUUAGUUAAUAAUACAUAUAUUUUGUAAUUAUAAAUAAGUGAUCUUUUUCAAACUUCUAUAAUGAUCUGUCGUAACCACUCAAUGAAAAAAUAUAAAUGGCAAUUAUUAAGCAAUUUGACGAUAAAGAUAAAAGACAAAAGAUAAGAUAAAAUCUAUGUGGGUUGACAAGGAGAAUUAUCAGUUUUGGUAUUUUUAGCUCAUUACUAUAACAAUAAUAUGCUAUUCAUUCUGUAUUGUAUAAUAACUUCUAAUUAUAUGGUGCGUUGUGUAUAACUAUAAUUUAUUAUAUUUGUUUACUUUUUGAAUCUAAUGUUUAGCCUAACAUUUUCGUUAAGGGAGCCCACGUGGCUGGGCCUGGUCGGUCAUGCCCCAGUUUCCCAGUGUUAG